AAUACAUUUCCUUGGUACGAACCCCGCGCGCUUUCUUCUUCUUCUUCCUCUUCCCACGCCACAUUCUUUUCUUCACUCCCCUCGUGGAAGCUUUCCACUUUGUCACACGAACCGCAUCGAGUUCCCCUCCUGGCAUCCGGUUCCAGCAAGUUGCAUCCACACUCUUUAAGCUUUGCCUCGCACUGAAAAUAAUCGCCGGCCCGAUCGAGUUCUCGGGAGCAUCAGCGAGCUUGAUUCCAUGGGCGCGGGCGCGUCGGAGCUCGCGGGGACAGGGGAGGCGGCGGCGUCGGGGUCGGGGCUGGGGGAGAUGCCGGAGCUGUGCGCGGCGGAGGUGCUGCUGCGGCUGGGCGCGACGGACAUAUGCCGGCUCGCGCGGCUCAACCGCGCGUUCCGCGGCGCCGCGGCGGCGGACUUCGUGUGGGAGGCCAAGCUGCCGGAGAACUACGGCUACCUCAUGGGGUUCGUUCAUGGCGGGAAGGAGGAGCAGGACGAGCAGGAGUCCCGAGGGAUGAAGGGGAGAGGACGCGUCCCCAUGGGGAAGAAGGAGGUCUAUGCCAGGCUCGCCAAGGCCGUGCCGUUUGAUGAUGGCAAAAGAGAAUUCUGGCUGGACAAGAGCAACGGCAUGGUGUGCAUGGCGUUAUCCUCGAAAGCCCUGGUGAUAACGGGGAUCGAUGACCGGAGAUAUUGGGUUCAUAUGCCAACUACAGAAUCUAGGUUCCGCUCGGUGGCAUACCUGCAGCAGAUCUGGUGGUUGGAGGUGGUGGGCGAGAUCGACUUCGUCUUCCCGGCAGGAACAUACAGCCUCUACUUCAGGCUCCACCUCGGCAAGCCUUCUUCUUCUUCUAACCGCCGUGAUCAUCAUCGCAAGUGCUCGGAGAGCAAGAACAGCACCGCCAUCCAUGGCUGGGACAGGAAGCCCGUGCGUUUCCAGCUCUCAACGUCGUCAUCGGCCGUGUCCCAGCAGUCCCAGUGCUACCUGCUGGACCAGCCUGGGAGCUGGGUCCUGUACCACGCAGGCGACUUCGUCUCGCCGGAGCAGGGACAUGGACAGGAACAGAAGCCAAUGAAGCUCAAGUUCUCCAUGGCUCAGAUCGAUUGUACUCACACGAAGGGCGGAUUGUGCGUCGACUCCGUGGUUGUUUAUCCCAAAGGGUUGUUUCAGCCGGAGAGAGUUGUUAGAGCUGAUCAGAAGAGGUUUGUGCACUGAUGGUUUGGUUAGUUUAGCACUGUCCUUGAAAAGAGUUGAGACAGGUAAUAGGUUAGUAUAGGAUACUACUAGUAUUGUUAACUUGGUCUUUUAUCUGUGUGCCAUGUUAAUUGCCCAUGUACAUACAUAUCUGUCGA